AUGUCGGGUGUCAAAGUGAACAUCCUCUCUCAUCCUCUCGUCAACGCGCGCCUAUCCAAACUGAGGCAGACGUCAACUACAUCGAAGGAAUUCCGGGAGGGAAUUCAUGAUGUCAGCUUGAUGCUUGGCUAUGAAGCGAGUAAGGAUCUUCAAGAGGAGACCUUCGAAGGGCAAACUCCCAUAAGCACAUUUACGGGGUCGAAGGUGAAACCAAGGAUCGGCUUCACUCCUAUACUUCGUGCAGGUCUUGGGAUGACGGAAGCGUUGUUGACAUUAUUCCCAGAAGCGCCGGUAUAUCAUCUAGGCUUGUACAGAGAGAAGAUCAGUCUUCAACCUGUUGAAUACUACUCGAAGCUACCUGCAUCACCGUCGAUCGAUAAGUGCUUCCUCCUGGACCCGUUGAUCGCCACCGGGGGAACCGCUGUUGCUGCGCUGCAUAUGAUCAGCGACUGGGGCGUCCCAAUCUCAGACGUCAAGCUUCUGUGCGUCCUCGCAUCCCAAGAUGGUUUGAAACAUGUGCAAUCCGAGUUCCCAGGAUUAGAGAUCUGGGUGGCCGCUGUUGACCCGGAACUUACCGCUCAAGGACUCAUCUCCCCAGGACUUGGAGACACGGGAGACCGUCUAUAUAAUACCACCCGAGACGUGUAG